AUGGCGGAAUUCUUCUUGAAGCGAAUGUUGUUUGCGAGGUUGCGAGCCACACGCACGGCCGCUGGAGCCCGGCCGGUCCCACGAUAUCAGCCAGAAACUGAGCACGAGGCGUCCCACGAAAAUGAGACGGAAGACGCGACCACACCAGAGAACGAAGAUCCCGAAGUCGAGGCUGACGACGGUGCUGAGCCUUUGCCAGCAGCGGAAGAUGCUGAACACGACGCGGAGACGCUACAAAAUCCCUCGGGAGACCGCGACGUCCGCGCAACAUGGACUGCUAUCAUCAACAACCUCUGGAGACGCGCCGCCGACAACGCUACCAUUCUGGCCGCGCAAGCGAGAGACGCUGCACUCGAUGCUGUCGAGAAGGUGAAGGAGCUUGGAUUCAUUGGCACAGCAAAGGCAAUCGGCCACUGGAUGAGAAUGAAUCCAUGGAAGACGGCGUUGAUCGUGGUGCCUCUCGUUGCGCUUGCACUUACGGCGAUAGCGCUCUCGGCCACAGGCUUUGGACCAGCUGGAAUCGUCGCAGGUAUGUGA